GCGGAUUUUCCUUCCCCGAAGACUCUCGAGUCCGCAACCGCAUCCACGAAACGUCAGCGCAGCACGACGCAACGCCGUCACCUCACUGGACGAGGAGGAGACGACGGCGAGGGCGGGGUCGUAGCCAUAAAAAGAGGCGCUCUUGACGAGGAGCGAGGACGGCUCCUAGUAGUCCUAGCCUGCCUGCGCACGCGAGCCACGCACGAGGAGGCGUUUCAAGGCCGCCCUAGUAUAUCUCUGCAUAUUUUGGCGACUACUAGUGACUAGCGAGCAGUUUUGCGAGGCCAAGCCGGCCUCUGCAUUUAUUCCUUCCUUGUUCAGGCGCCCUGCUUCGUCGUCCUCAUUUCAUAUCUAGCUCUCGGAGUCUUCUUGAGGAGGAUCUUGCGAGCCAGAGAUAUCUUAGAGUUGUAGAAGGAGAGAGGAGGAGGAGGAGGAGGAGGAGACGCCAUGACCGGAGGGGAGGAGCAGGGGAGGAGGCUGUUCGGAGUAUCUCUGACAGACAGGCCCAGGUGGCAGCAGUUCUUGAUCUGCUCCUCGGGCUUCUUCUUCGGCUACCUUGUCAAUGGCAUCUGCGAGGAAUACGUGUACAACAGGCUUCAAUUCAGCUACGGCUGGUACUUCACGUUUGUGCAGGGGUUCGUGUACUUGGCGCUGAUACGCCUGCAGGGAUUCACGGUGAAGCAGAUGGUGAACCCGUGGCGGACGUACGUGCGGCUCUCGGCCGUGCUCAUGGGCUCCAAUGGCCUCACCAAGGGCUCCCUCGCCUUCCUCAAUUACCCUGCCCAAAUCAUGUUCAAGUCCACCAAGGUUCUACCGGUGAUGAUAAUGGGCGCAUUUAUCCCCGGUUUGAGACGCAAAUACCCAUUCCAAGAGUACGUAUCGGCCGUGAUGCUUGUCAUUGGUCUCAUACUCUUCACACUCGCGGAUGCGCAAACGUCGCCUAACUUUAGCAUGAUUGGCGUGGCCAUGGUGUCUGGGGCGCUCGUCAUGGACGCCUUCCUGGGCAAUCUGCAAGAAGCCAUCUUUAAGAUGAACCCUGACACGACUCAGAUGGAGAUGCUGUUCUGCUCCACUGUUGUUGGCCUUCCUUUCCUAGUGGUGCCAAUGGUCUUAACUGGGGAGCUCAUGACGGCAUGGACUUCAUGCUCCCAGCACAUGUACGUGUACGCGGUGCUGGUGUUCGAGGCGAUGGCCACGUUCGUCGGCCAGGUCUCCGUGCUCUCGCUCAUCGCGCUUUUCGGUGCGGCAACCACAGCUAUCACGACGACGGCAAGGAAGGCGGUGACGCUGCUGCUGUCGUACCUGAUAUUCACCAAGCCCCUGACGGAGCAGCACGUCACGGGGCUCCUCCUGAUAAUCAUGGGGAUCGUGAUCAAGCUCCUGCCGGCGAACAGGGAGAGCGGACCGCGUCGGCAGGCGAAGACGACGGUGCAGCUCUCUGACGACAAGCAGCGGGGAAGCAGCGAAGUAGUAGAAGAGGAGAAAACACCCUUAGUAUAAUGGGAUAUAGUAACCCAGAGAAUAACAAUCCGAAAGGAAGGACAGGAUACAUACAUUCAUACAGGAAUUGAUAGCCUCUCUCUCCCUGCCCCUCUCGCUCUUCUAAUGUGCUGUUUGCUGUGAUCAAAUUGUUUUGUGGGUGUGUAUGAACUGGGAAGGUCCAAAACGCCUGUUCU